ACAGUAUCUGUAAUAGCUAUUUAAUUGAGUUAACUGCCAGAUUACGAAAACGCCCUAAUGACCAGAAGUCAUUUGAAAAAUAGCUGAAAAUACUUACUCUGAAAAAAAAAACGAGAAAACAUAUGUGCCUGUAUGUCGUGAAUAAUAAUGAUAAUAACAAUAGUAUCAAAAAACUUUUGUGUAGUUGCACACCGCGGAGUCUACUACACACAAUUGUGUCAGUGCCAUUCCAUUCACUUCGCGGUGCGCGUCUAAUAUCUCUUUUAUUAUUGUUAUUAUUUUUGUGAACGAGCAUUAUAUACCUAUAUUUGUGUAUACAUAAGAUAUAUAGCCUGCAUUUAUACGAACGCGAAAGUGGACGACGUGACUACAACAGUCACGACCAUGGCCGCGGAGAAUCCCUUCAAUAAUCUGCUUGAGACCGUGGAGAUCGCGGGAAAGCGUAAGAAAUUCUUCAAUGUCACUGGCUUUGGCGAUAAGUAUGAUAGGUUACCGUUUUCCAUAAGAGUUCUGCUUGAAAGUGCUGUAAGGAAUUGCGAUGAGUUCCAAGUCAAGACGCAGGAUGUUGAAAAAAUUUUGGACUGGGAGAAAAACCAAGCUGUGGAAGAAGGCAUAGAAGUAGCAUUUAAACCUGCCAGAGUCAUUCUUCAGGAUUUCACUGGAGUCCCAGCAGUUGUUGAUUUUGCUGCUAUGAGAGAUGCUGUCAAAAGUCUUAAUGGAGAUCCUAACAAGAUUAAUCCAGUUUGUCCUUCUGAUCUAGUAAUAGAUCAUUCCAUACAAGUUGACUUUAUCAGAAGUGAAGAUGCUGGCAAAAAAAACGAAGAAUUGGAGUUUGAAAGAAACAAGGAGCGAUUUGUGUUUUUGAAAUGGGGUGCCAAGGCAUUUGAAAACAUGUUGAUUGUGCCUCCUGGCAGUGGUAUCGUCCACCAGGUGAACUUGGAGUACCUGGCCAGAGUAGUCUUUGACAUGAACGACUACCUUUUCUGCGACAGUGUAGUAGGGACGGAUUCUCAUACCACCAUGAUCAAUGGACUUGGUGUGCUGGGGUGGGGUGUCGGUGGCAUCGAGGCUGAAGCUGUCAUGUUAGGCCAAGCUAUUUCUAUGCUCAUUCCAAAAGUUGUUGGUUAUAAAUUGGUAGGAGAAUUGAAUCAGUAUGUUACAUCGACCGAUCUUGUACUCACAAUUACAAAGAAUCUUAGACAACUUGGCGUUGUUGGAAAGUUUGUCGAGUUUUUUGGCCCUGGAGUAUCCAAGCUAAGCAUUGCGGAUCGAGCAACGAUUUCCAACAUGUGUCCCGAGUACGGAGCGACCGUUGGCUUUUUCCCCGUUGAUCAACAGAGUUUAGCUUACCUUCGUCAAACGAGUCGAUCCGACGAGCACAUCGACAGAAUUGAAAAGUACCUCAAGGCAGUGCGAAUGAUCCGUAAUUAUGAUGACGAGAGUCAGGAUCCUGUUUUCUCUGAAGUCGUCACCUUGGAUUUAGCGACAGUCGUCUCGAGCGUCAGCGGGCCCAAAAGACCUCACGAUCGCGUUUCUGUUGUUGACAUGAAAAAGGAUUUUAACUCUUGUCUCACAAGCAAGGUUGGUUUCAAGGGCUAUGGUCUCAGUGCCGAAAAACUCAAGGCCGAGGGCGUCUUCCAGUUUGAGGGUAAAGAUUACGUGCUGCGCCAUGGCUCCGUCGUCAUCGCGGCCAUCACGAGCUGCACCAACACGAGCAACCCCAGCGUCAUGUUGGGCGCAGGACUCUUGGCAAAGAAGGCCGUAGCUGCUGGCCUGACAGUAGCGCCGUACAUCAAAACGUCGUUGUCACCGGGCUCGGGUGUCGUCACCUACUACCUGAAGGAGAGCGGUGUCGUGCCGGCUCUUACUCAGCUCGGCUUCGACAUCGUAGGCUACGGCUGUAUGACCUGCAUCGGUAACAGUGGACCCCUUCCUGAUUCCAUGGUCGAGGCUAUUGAAAAGAACGAAUUAGUCUGCUGUGGAGUGUUGUCCGGAAAUCGCAACUUUGAGGGCCGCAUUCACCCAAACACCAGAGCCAACUAUCUCGCGUCCCCGCUUUUGGUCAUCGCUUACGCUAUUGCCGGCACGGUUGAUAUUGAUUUCGAGAGGGAGCCUUUGGGCCGACGAGCUGACGGCAAGGAGGUCUUUUUGCGAGACAUCUGGCCUAGCCGCGAUGAGAUCCAAGCAGUGGAGCAACAGUACGUUAUACCUGCCAUGUUCAACGAGGUUUACAGCAAAAUCGAGAGAGGCAGCAACAAUUGGGCCAAUCUCUCUGCGCCUCCUAGCAAACUCUAUCCCUGGGACGAUAACUCGACCUACAUCAAACACCCACCAUAUUUUGAGGGCCUACAGAGAGAAAUACCGCCUAUAAAACAGAUCAAAAACGCUCGAGUCUUACUUAAUCUUGGUGACUCCGUUACGACUGAUCACAUUAGCCCCGCGGGCAGUAUAGCACGAAAUUCUGCAGCAGCCAGAUACCUGUCUAAGAGAGGAUUAAAUCCGAAAGACUUCAAUUCUUACGGCUCCCGCCGAGGAAACGAUGCCGUCAUGGCUCGAGGAACUUUUGCAAACAUUCGUAUAUUAAACAAGUUUAUCGGCAAGCCGGGACCCCGGACAAUUUACAUUCCAACGAAAGAGGAGAUGGACGUAUUUGAUGCUGCGGAAAAGUAUCAGAACGACGGUACGCAGAUGAUUGCUCUCGUGGGAAAAGAGUAUGGCUCCGGUUCGUCGCGUGACUGGGCCGCUAAAGGCCCUUACCUUUUGGGUAUCCGUGCAGUGAUUGCUGAAUCCUACGAGCGCAUCCACCGCUCGAAUCUCGUGGGCAUGGGUAUAGCUCCGUUGCAAUACGUCAACGGUCAGACAGCCGAGAGCCUUGGUCUCACCGGCUAUGAGCUGUUUGAUAUCGAAAUACCUCAAAAUUGCCAGCCGGGGCAACGUAUUCGCGUCAAGACAGACAAGGGUCAUGAUUUUGAAGUCAAGGUCAGAUUUGACACUGAGGUCGAUCUCGUGUACUUCAAGAAUGGUGGUAUUCUGAACUAUAUGAUCCGCAGUAUGAUUUGAAUUAAUCAAAGUUUGUUCAAAUCAUAAUGGGGAGACUUUAUAUAGUGGUCAUGGGCAUUAUGAGAGAGUUUCAAUCAGAGUAUCUUUUUAUUUUAUAUUAAAAAGAUCCUGAUUGCGUUACUUUUUUUUUCUUACUAGGCGUUAAAUUUGUCUAGCGAAGCACAAAAAUGUUUUGCUACAGCGUCUUAAGGAAAAAGAAUAGUGUAACACUCAUGUGCAUCUAGAUGCAUUUUGUAUUUUUUGUUACAAAUCAUUCCGUAAAUUACGUUUCAUUAAAGAAAAUAUUUAUUUUUUGUUGAAUAAUACUUUUAAAGAAUGAUUAUUUCCGUGUCUGGAUGCUUGCCCAUGACACAACUCAGUUAAUAUGAAUUAUUUAUUCAGGGCCAAAUGUAUAAUAAUUGGAUACACAAAUUGAAAAAUGUAAAAUUAAAAUAUUGUAAAUAUUUUUAAAUAAAAAUGUUGGUGAUGAAUCGUGUUAUUACAGAAAUUUA